AUGUGUGAUCCCCUCGUUGAGAGGUUUAUCAGUGACAUCAUAAGGGAUCCGCAAGCCUGGAAGCGUGCAGUGACAUCUCCUGACAAUAGAUGUUGCCUUUUGCCAACAUCUAAUGUAAUAAGAUCUCUUGCAGGUCCUCUCUUUCGUCGCGGUUGCGUGGAUAAUGUAUCAUCUUUGCGCUUUUUGACCACUUUACGGAGGGAUACCUUAAGCGGGGGUAACGUGCAGCGUGUGUCAAUGAAGCGAAAGGAUUUGCGUGGGCCAUGGGAUCACAGGACAAGGGUUUCCGAAGAAGAUCAGCCAAACAUUCUGAUUCAGCUGUUAGUCCGACAACUAGAGCGCAACGGUUUUGGCACAUCUUACCGCAAGGCUGUGUAUUCACUGUUAGGUAAACAGGUGAAAGAGAUGUCCAAGAAGAAAAGACAACAUGACGCUGCCGCUACAGCAAAGACCAUGAAGUUAAAUGCAAGACGUAUUGAGCAUCUUUUGAUGGAAGAGUACAACGAGCGCAAAAAGACGUGUGAUCGCGAGGGUAGGCGACGACAAGCAUUAGUAAGGGGUUUCUUCAACAAGGCUUCGGUGGUGGUUGAAAAUGAGGAGUUUAUUGGAAGGAGAACAAUUUUCCAGGAUGCUCUCGAUGAGUGUUUUGCCAUUAAAACACUCAUGGAAGGAGAGACGCAGAAACUUACUGGGAUUCCCCCUGAGCACCAAAGAAAUUACUUUGCUAUACAGCAGAAGGAAAAACACGAAAGGGAAUGUCUACUCGCACGAUUCGAAACUCAGCGGAGAGCGAUUUAUCUUCAGCUGCAGCACGACAUAAAGAACUCUAUAAAGAGUGAAAUUAGGCGCAUUAUGCGCCGCGAGAAACACAUAGAAGAACUAUACAAAAAGCACGGUUGUGGAAAGUGA